AUGGCGGACCGUCAUUCAUCAUCGUCCUCGAGGCGAACGAGGACUGGCGACGGCGCCGUUGGCCAAUUUAUCAUCGGGUCAGAGAUUGGCAAAGGUAGCUUUGCGCAGGUCUAUCUGGGCAGACAUCAGACCUCGGGCGCUGCAGUCGCUAUCAAGUCCGUCGACCUCGGCCGUCUGAACAAGAAGCUCAAGGACAAUCUGUACAGCGAAAUCAAUAUUCUAAAAAAACUGCGACACCCCCAUAUUGUUGCCCUUCAUGACUGCCUCGAAUCGACAACACACAUUAAUCUCAUCAUGGAAUACUGCGAGCUUGGCGAUCUCUCGUUAUUCAUCAAGAAGAGAGAAAAGCUACUUACGCAUCCGGCCACGUGCGACAUGGCACGCAAGUACCCCAGUGUCCCAAAUGCCGGCCUCAACGAGGUGGUGAUUCGCCACUUUUUGAAGCAGCUGGCCUCUGCACUGCAAUUCUUGCGGGCAAGCAAUCUGGUACAUCGUGACGUCAAGCCGCAAAAUCUUCUCCUACUGCCCUCGGUCCAGUACAGAGAAGGAAAUGGAGAGGCCAGACCAGUGCUCAGCGCCAGCCGCGACUCUUUAAUCCCAGUUGUAGGUCUAGAGUCGCUACCAAUGUUGAAGCUGGCAGAUUUCGGUUUCGCUCGUGUUUUGCCCGCUACAUCAAUGGCAGAAACUUUAUGCGGAUCGCCUCUUUAUAUGGCACCCGAGAUUCUACGUUAUGAGCGUUACAAUGCCAAGGCCGACCUGUGGUCUGUUGGUACCGUUUUAUACGAAAUGGUGUCUGGGAGGCCACCGUUCCGCGCGAGCAAUCAUGUGGAGCUGUUGCGGAAAAUCGAACUCGCCAACGAUCAAAUCAGAUUCUCACGAGAUUGCCAGGUCAGUUCCGAAUUGAAGACGUUGAUUAGGGGCCUACUCAAGUUCAAGGCUACUGCCCGCAUUAGCUUUGAGAACUUUUUCAACGAUCCAGUUGUGAUAGAGGAAAUUCCUGGCUUGGUUGAAGAUGAUUUACCAAAGAUUGAAAGAUCGCUUUCCAAAAAGGACACUCGAAUUGCCAGCAAGACUGACGAGCCGCGGUCGACACCACGCCGCAUGUCUUUCCGUCGGCAAUUCAGGACAGAAUCGGAUACCACGCAGGAAGUUGGCCCCUCAUCACCACGCGAAAGGCCGCUCAGGUCUUCGCCACUGGCUAGUCCGGCAGAGUUCCCGGGAGAUGAGCCAGCUCAGCCAGCCUCACGGAUUGCCCGAUCCCCACGAGAAGAUAUUGCACCAGGCCUCGGCAUUCGGCGUCCACAACCCGUUCCCUCGACGUCGGCACCUGUGCAACCCACACUGCUCAGCGAAAGACGCCGCCGGGGACCCUCGGACGCAUCACUCAACAGAUAUAUUCGAGAGGAGCCCUCACCAUCGUCCUCGGCACCAAAAGAAUCCAGCAGCAAGGGUAAAGCAAGGGGUGCUGACCAAGGUGACGAUGAUGCACAAGACGUCGCCUUUAUGAGAGAAUAUGUUGUCGUGGAGAAGAAGCACGUCGAAGUUAAUGCUUUUGCCGAUCAAUUAGCAGCCCAAGGGGCACAGGCGCAAACAAUGUCUCCCAAAGCUGGACAAAUCGUCCGCCGAGCGACUCAACAAGGUGUUCCGACAUCGACAACGGGAGCUAUACCUGCAGAACGAUCCAGGGCCCUCCAAAUUGCGCAGGGCAACAGACCGGACCCCAAUAGGCGGGGUUCCUAUGACAAGGCCUUGUCUGCAAGUCCAAAGUCGACGACAUCGGUGAUUUCCAAGGCUAUUCAGGAUGCCAGUCUGCGUCUGUUGGGAUUCAAGUACCCAGCUCACCUGCUCGGAAAGGGCGCUUCUCCGCCACAUCUCUACAGCCCGUUUCCAGCAUAUCCGGCACCAAACGCACCUCCCGGGCUUCUCACAGACGGUCGCCAGAGUGGUGUGAUUGAUGAAGAUUCCAGAGUAGCUCAGUGCAUUGAAGAUUGUGCGACCCGGAGCGAUGUUGUCUGGGGAUUUGCCGAGGUAAAGUUCAAGCAACUUGUUCCUCUGGCGCCGUCACAAGAUCAUGGUCUCGGAGGAGCACCUGCCGAUCAGCUCGCCUCGGAGGAUGAAGACGGUUUGACUACCGAAGCAGUCGUUGUGCUUUCGGAAGAAGCCCUCGUGCUCUAUGUAAAGGCCUUGUCACUCUUGGCAAAGUCCAUGGAUAUUGCCAGUGUCUGGUGGGCAAAGAAAGCCAGGACCGAUCCCAUGGUGGUCCGCGAUACCUUGGCUGCCCAGAAUCUUGUCAUGAGGGUCAACUCUGCCGUCCAGUGGGUGCGUAAGCGCUUCAAUGAAACACUGGAAAAGGCCGAGCUGGUCAGGCUCAAGCUUCUCGAAGCUCAGAAGCAGCUCCCAGAAGACCACCCUAGCCACCCCCAAAAUAAUCAGCAAGAGCUUGCUGCCAUUGCUGGAGCUUCGGGCGCCGAGGGGAUUGUGCUCCCCGCCGGUCUCAGUGCUGAAAAGCUCAUGUAUGAUCGAGCUUUGGAGAUGAGCAGAGCCGCUGCAAUCAAUGAGAUUGCCAACGAAGAUUUGCCCGGUUGCGAACUGUCAUAUAAUACCGCGAUCCGCAUGCUUGAAGCCGUCUUGGACAACGAUGAAGAUGUGACUAGAAAGAGAUCGCAAGGCAGCACAAAUGACCAGGAAGACACACUGGACAUGAACCAGGAUGACCAACAGGCUGUUUACAAGAUGAUACAAAUGAUCAGAGGUCGUCUGGCUGCUCUUCAAAAGAAGAUGCAGAUGAUUGCAAAUGCUUCAAAGGCACAGCAAAAGGCGCUUCCGAGAAGCCGCAGCGGUGACAUUACACCGCGUAGUGCGCCACAGCACUGA